CUGGAGCAGAGAGGGAGAGGCAUACACAGAGAGGAGUGUGUGUUGUGUGGAUGUACUCGCCUGCCUCGCUGACUGACUGACUGACUGUGUGUGUUUGUGUGUGACAGACAGAGAGAGGGGAGAACGCGUGGAUACCACUCCACAGGACUGGAUGUGUUUGGCAUCACGGACAGAGACCACACACGCACAAAAAAAGAGAGUGGGAGAGUGACGCAAACUGCUGACUGACCAGCAGGCACCAGGGCAGAGUGCGGAGGCGUAAGCAGACAAGGCAGAGCACACGAGACCCGACCGAUAGCGCCCAUGGCGAGCAAUAACACGGCCAGCAUUGCACAAGCCAGGAAGCUGGUGGAGCAGCUGAAGAUGGAAGCCAACAUCGACAGGAUAAAGGUGUCAAAAGCAGCGGCAGACUUAAUGUCAUACUGCGAAGCUCAUGCCAAAGAGGACCCUCUGUUAUCGCCGGUGCCAGCGUCAGAGAACCCGUUCAGGGAGAAGAAGUUCUUCUGUGCCAUCCUGUAAACUCGGCAUGGCCCUUCAGCAGUCUGCUCAGUGUGGGACUUUGAACAUGAACGUUCAAAAUACGUAGAAAUCUUCUAGUCGGAGGGCACGGUGAUUAUUGCCCCCUUUCUCGAACGGCGCCUAACGAGCGCGAAAAUUAAAACCCACAGAGUUUACAUGUAACCAUUAAAGGGGUUGUGAUUGCUUUUUUGAGGGGUGUUGCAGCAUGUUGAAGGGGUCUGUGCUUUUAGAUGACACAAAAGGGAGGAUGAUGAUGACGAUGAUGAUGAGGGUCAUAACCCAGAGACGUGAUGGACAACCAGUCAACCCACCAAGUCUUCAGGUUGUGAUGUGUACAAAACUAAAAGAAAAACUAAAAAAAAAAAAAAAAAAAAAAAGAAGAUAAAA